AUGGCGGGAUCAAAACGUAUCGGGAAGUAUGAACUUGGCAAGACGCUUGGCUCAGGCAACUUCUCCAAGGUGAAGCUCGCUCGGGAUGUGGAGACGGGGAAGGAGUGGGCAAUUAAAAUUAUGGACAAGGGGCAGCUUGUGCGGGAGCGCAUGGAGGAGCAGCUGAAGCGCGAGAUUUCGGUCAUGAAAAUGCUGCAUCAGCCAAACAUCAUCGAACUUCGUGAGGUGAUGCAGACGACAAAUCACAUCUACCUUGUCCUAGAGCUUGUCGCAGGUGGAGAGCUCUUUGACAAGAUUGCCGAGGCAAAGCGCUUCGACGAGCCGACGGCUCGUCGCUACUUCCAUCAACUCAUUGCCGGGAUUCACUAUUGCCACUCCCAGGGCAUAGCCCACAGAGACUUGAAACCCGAGAAUCUUUUACUUGACGCAAACGACACGCUUAAGAUAUCGGACUUUGGCCUCAGCAACAUUCACUCCGGGAAUGCAGCGGGUAGGGGCACGAUGCUGCAAACCGUUUGCGGCACACCCAACUACGUCGCCCCGGAGGUGCUCAAGGAGCAGGGCUACGACGGGGUCAAGGCGGAUGUAUGGAGCUGUGGUGUGGUGCUGUUUGUCAUGUUGGCUGGAUAUUUGCCGUUUGACGACGAUAACGUUAAUGCGCUUUUUACGAAAAUUGAACGUGGUGAGUACCGUAUGGCCCGCCACUUCUCGCCAGAUGUGCGGGACCUCAUCUCAAAGAUGUUGGUCGUAGACCCGAACAAGAGGGUGACAGUGGAGGAGAUUAUGCGGCACCCGUGGUUUAUUGUUGACUGGGACCUCAAAAAAGUGGGGGCGAAAGAAGAAAAUUCGGGCGCCUCUUGA